UUUCAUCUCUCCUUCCUCCCAAUGACUGAAGAGUAGAGGAGGAGGAGGAGGAGGGAGCACGGGCUACAUUACCAACACACACAUACACACACGGGUUACAUUACACUGUGGAAGCGGUGCGGGAGCAGUGGGAAGUCGAUCCGCGGCGCGUUCCCUCUCUCUCUCUCUCUAUCUCUCUCUCUCCGCCUGUCUAUCUCCUAUCUAUUUUUUUUAAAUGCCGAUUGUUUUGUGACUUUUUCUCCGCUUUCAUCCCCUCUUUGCUCAUCUCGAGCCGCCUUUUCCGAGGAUGUAUUUCGCGGCAUGAACGCGGCGCAGCUCGUCGUCUCGACCAAGCGUUAAAAGAAAGAGAGAAAAAAAAGAGAGAAGAAGAAGAAGGAGAAGAAGAAGCGGUGCGCUUUUUUCUUCCAAAGUUUGCGCAUCCAUCAGUUUACCUUCUCACGUCCAGACGGUGUUUUGGUUUGUGUUAUCCUACUUUUUUUCCUUCUCCCUCCUGAAGGACACCGCAGCUUCUUCAACUGGACCACCGAGGAAAUAUUUCUCACACUUUUUUUUUUUUUUUUUAAAUAUAUAAAUGCACUUAUUUUGUUUGUUUUGUUUUUUGUUUUAACCUUCGCUGGACCGUAUUCGCAGUCGGGGUUUUGUAUUUGUGUUUGUGACUGAAAAAAAACAAACAGAAAAACAAACUAGUGAUGAGAUUUUAACUCGUGGUUUGUCUUUGCUUUUUUUUUUUUUUUUUUUUUUUUUUUAAUGUUUCCCUCAUGACAUUGAGGCGAGCGCCGGACUGUCACUGUGAGCUUCCUUCACAUCUUCAAGUUUGUCGGGUGUGAGAUUCUGUCCCUUUUUUAUUUUUCUUUUAGUUCAGACAGAGAGAAAAAAGGACGAGGACAACACACUCACUCACACACACACACACACACACACACACACACACACACACACACACACACACACACACACACACACACACUCCUCCUGUUGCUUCAGUGAAAACACACCGGCAGCGUGUUUGCACGCCGCUUCCUCUCCAAGUGACUCACGGUCGACGCUGAAGGAGAGACCCGGGGAGAGAGGUGGUGGAGGGGGUGGGACGCUUCCCCACUCGGUUUCUUGGGGGAUUUCAGUGGGAGGUUUUUUUUUUUGGUUUGUUUUUGUUUUUUUCUAUUCCCCCCUCUGUAGUUGACGGACAGUGCUGGCGUGUGUGUCCGUCUUCAGCUUCUCUCUAAAAACAAGCAGUAACAACAACAGCACGCAACAUUUUUUUUAAAAAUGCCACAGUUAUCAGGCGGCGGAGACCCGGAGCUGUGCGCCACGGACGAAAUGAUCCCGUUCAAAGACGAAGGGGACCCGCAUAAGGAGCAGAUCUUCGCCGAGCUCAGCCACUCGGAGGAGGAGGGAGACCUGGCAGACAUCAAGUCAUCUCUGGUCAACGAGUCAGAGAGCAGCCCCAACAGCAACAGCCACGAUGCAGCUAGACAGUCCCAAAUACCGCAAGAUUCAUAUCACGAAAAACACAGAGACCAUCAGGAAGAUGGAAAACUUCAAGACCUGUACAGUAAAGGCCAUCCGUACUCGGGCUACCCAGGUUACAUCAUGAUGAGCAACAUGAACGACUCCUACAUGAACAAUGGCUCCCUCUCGCCGCCCAUGCCCAGAACGUCCAACAAAGUCCCCGUGGUGCAGCCGUCCCAUGCAGUCCACCCACUCACCCCGCUGAUCACGUACAGCGACGAGCACUUCGCCCCGGGAUCCCAUUCCGGUCAUCACCCCCAGGAUGGCAACAACAAACAAGGAAUGCCAAGGCAGCACCCCGGACAAGACAUGCCCAACUUCUACUCCCUGUCCCCUGGAGGAGUCGGGCAGAUCACGCCACCACUGGGCUGGUUCUCACACCACAUGGUGCCCGGCCCCCCUGGUCCCCACGCCACCGGGAUCCCCCACCCGGCCAUCGUCAACCCACAGGUCAAACACGAGCCUCUGCAUGAAACGGACAUCAUGCACAUGAAACCCCAGCACGAACAGAGAAAGGAGCAGGAGCCCAAAAGACCGCACAUCAAGAAGCCGCUAAACGCCUUCAUGCUCUACAUGAAAGAGAUGCGCGCGAAUGUGGUCGCCGAGUGCACGCUGAAGGAGAGCGCCGCCAUCAAUCAGAUCCUGGGACGGAGGUGGCAUGCUUUAUCUCGGGAAGAGCAAGCUAAGUAUUAUGAGUUAGCCCGCAAGGAACGGCAGCUCCACAUGCAGCUCUACCCAGGCUGGUCCGCUCGAGACAACUAUAAGAAGAAGCGGAAGAGGGAGAAGAUGCAGGAAACGGCCCCCGGUACAGGCCAGAGAAUGAAAACGGCGUACAUCUGAGAAAAAUGGAGGAAAACGUAGCAACUUCUCCACAUGCAAAGCGAAGGCAGCAGCUACGGGCCCUCUGCUAGAGAUGGAGGCCUGUUAGAUUCCAUGAAGACCCUUAAAAUCUCCCCACCGAAGCCUCCAGUUCUCAGAGGACCCCUCCCCUCCCCUCCACCUACCCCAAAUCCCUCCCGACCCCACACACCCCUCCUCUACUUUCCAACACAGUCACAUGCCACCACCACCACCACCACUUCACCGUUUGACUCUACUCCCUUCCUGAAGGCGCCUGCUGUAGAGACACUGAACUGAACAAGACAAUCACGAUUUAGUCGGAGCACCCUCACGCAAACCACGUUCUCUCACUGAAAAAAAACCCACAUCAAUUUAGACGUCCGUGUUUCCGUCAGUUUCCUUUUUACAAUCAGCUUCACCGCAAUCCAAGGCACUGCACUGAGAAAAAAAACAAACAAAAAAACAUAAAAAGAAAACAGCAGCACAAACUUCUCCACCGCACCAGUCAGACACUCUUAUAACACCUGUUUCUAUGUCACUGUAAUUUAUUUGUCACCUCGGUUGCUUUGUAUAGUUCAUUAGGCCGACAUUCGAUCCCUCAACACCUUCACCCCCCGUCCGUCUCUCUCGCUCUUUUUCUCUCCCUGGAUUUUUGAGACCAUUUGGGGUUUCGCCCGAUCGACCAAACACCUCUUUUUAGACUGCACUAAGGAAGACGGAGGGAUCUCAUCUUGUCUAAGGAAAAAAAAAAAAAAAAAACGUCCUCAAGACGCCAUUUUUAGUUCGUCGCUGACCAGUUGGUGCAAAAAAGGAUCAACGUUUUAUUUGAUUUGCUUUUUCAUUUUUUAGACCGAAUUUUUAUUUUGAAUGCUUUUUUUUUUUUUUUUGUAUCUUGAACCCUCGUUUCGAUUCCUCGGUGUAUAUUUUAGUGAUUCUUUUGUUUUUGUUUUUUUAAAUAUUGUUUUUUUUUUUUAUAUAGUGGUAUAUAUGAAAAUAAGCUUUGGACACAGGAAAGCCAUUUUUCUUGUUGAAGCGUCUUGCAGAAAAAUUGAAACUUAAGGCUUCUUUUGAUAACUAUUUGUAACAAAUAGUGACCUCGAGUCUUGCUCAGAUGUAAAAUAAUGCUCAGUAUGUGUACUUUUUAAAACUGUCAGGAUAUGUCAAUUUUCUUGGUAUUUUUGCAGGCAACAUUAGGACAAAGGCGAGAGUGAUAGCUCAGAGGCCUAUAUUUUAUUGUUCUAAAACAUGACAAAUGAAGCAGAUAUAUAUAUUUACCCCAGCACUUGGCAGUCUUUCUUUUAUUGCAAUGGACCUUUGUCUUUUCUCUCUGGUAGCUAAUAGUGUGGUCUUUAGCCAUGUUGUUUAUUCCAUGCAAACAUCUCUGUAACAUUUUGAUUUUAAUGCUCUAUUUUAGUAUUACUUGAUGAAUUCCUCUUUUUUUUAUUAUUAUUAUUAUUAUUAUUAUUAUUAUCAUGUUUUGGGUCACUGUCAUCUUGGUUUAGCAUUUUGCUUCCCAAGUGAUCACAUUUGAAACUGUUUCGACAUGUUUUUUGUUUUGUUUUGUUUUUUUGUAAGAAAAAUAAAAAGGCACCAUUGGCUCAUUUGAUCACUCGUGUGGUGGGAAAAAGACCGGAGCUAGAAGUGCCAGAUGUAACAGCCUGUGUCGUCCUUGGAGGUUAUUAAGCAGGUAGAACACACUGGAUCUAAUGUGGGUUUUUUUGUUUUUUGAGUCUUUGUUGAAACUUCAAAAAGCUUCUUUUUUUUUUUUUUUUUUUUUUUUUUUUAAAUCAAGAAAUUAAAA